UUCGUCAGUGAAUUUAGUCAUAAAAAUAUUAACAAAUUUUUAACAAAACCUAUAUGUAUAGUUUAUCUAUUUAUAUUUAUAUUAUUUUAGUUACAUUUAAAUUACAAUGGUCACUACUAAAUCUAAAAUAGGUUUUGGGUCUAGUGUGAAACGUUUUGGCAAGAUAACGGUUCAUCCAAAACUAGAUCCAAGUGGUUUGUUUACUAUAAGACCCAAUGGCUGUGAUCCAUGUCUAUACCAUCCCCAGCCUAUACACAAAAUCUUUGAAGUAAACAAAAACAGAAAAUCCGCAAAAGAUCUUUGGAGAUACAAGAAAGAAUUAGAGGAGUGGGCGCGUAACUUGGGGUAUAGAAAUCAAAGGGUUCUAGAACAACGAAAAUUGCAACGUUCUUUGUUGGGACCAGCGUGGCAUGACAUUCCGUUGGUCACAAAAUAUGAACCGGCUUGCAAGAACCUUGGUUUUGGACGAACUCCACGAAGUCGGUCUUUGAAAAAUAGAAUUCCUGGACCGGGUACGUAUUACAAUACAGCACCGUACAAAGUUCCUUAUGGGCCGCAUUCUACUAGACCUACUUUUGAUCGAGAUGAGCUAUGCCGAUUCAAAGAUACCUCUCUGAAGUGGUCGUUGGCGCCUAACCGUUAUACUAUAGUAGAUAAAGAAUGCAUCGAACAAAAGUCUAAUAAAGUUGUAUCGUUGCGAAGUCCAUAUGAUCUCUUUACUGGAAAACGGGACGGUAGCACCAUAAAAAAUCACUUUAGUACAUCAUUGAGGUGCGCAGCUGCAACUUGGCCGAUAGCUCUAAAAGGCACCUUGGAAAAAUAUAAGAAAAGUCAUUUUGGCGUCAUGAAUAAAACGAGUAGGAGCCAACCGUAUCGGGGGCGAAAUGCUCUAGUUGAUAUUUCGAUGUGUUUAAAAUGUCCGGAGGAGCCGGGCCCAGCGCAUUUAAAUAUUAAUAAACCGAAAUUUUUCAAACAGAACAAGCAAGGUUUUAACAGUUCGUACGACAAGCCGCCAGGGUAUAAACGAGUGGUCGUUUGGCCUGGCGUCGGUAGGUAUAAUAUCAAAGGCGUGAGCUGUGGUGUUAUUGGGCAGGGACAUCGGCAUGUAUUUUUAAGCAAGUCGGACAGGACGAUUGGCGCCAUUAUACAACAACCUAUGAACACCUUCUAAAUGAUGAUUACUCAGUAGGUAGCUUCUAUUUGUAUUUCAUUGUAUUUCUAGAUAAAUUAUAUAGGUAAUUAAAAUUAAUAUAACUAGUACUAACUAAUAUAAUAUUUAUCCUGUUAACAUAAAAAUAACUAUUACAAUGCCAGCUUCAACCUAUCAAUUCUUGAAUCAAUCA